UUCUCUUUGUUGCUCUGUUCUCCAUUAUCACAUUCAUUCAUUCAUUUCUUCACUUUAUUUAUUAUUAUAAAAAUAAACAAAUUUAACCAUUUCUCUUCUCUCUGAUCUCAUCUCUGAACCACACACAAACACACAGAUUCAUUCAAUUCAAUUCAAUUCAAUUCAAUGUAUGCAUGCAAAUGCACAAUCAAUGAAACUCAAAUUAAAUUAAACUCUCUUCGAUCUACCUAACCACCGUUUCUGGAUCUCAAUUCAAAUGCAUGGCCACAGCCGCCUUGGUAGGCCCAAAAGCGGCGGCGUCGGUGCCGGUCCCGGCAGUCACUCCUCCUCCUCCUCCUCUUCCUGGUCCAAAUUCGUAUUCCUUCUCAUGUCCGCCAUUUUCAGAAGACGUGGCUUGCUCCUAUUCGCUCCUCUUUUGUAUAUUUCCGGAAUGUUGUUGUAUAUGGGUUCCUUAAGCUUCGAUGUUGUUCUUGUACACAAACACCCUCGCCCUCAUCCUGGUUCUCUUUAUACUACUCCUCUACUCUUUCAUAAUCUUUGGCCUUUCAUGGAAGCUGACAAUGCAUCUUCUCCCAAUGUUUUGAUGAAAGCAUGGAAUUUGAAUGAGGAUAGACGAUGGAAGCCUUGUGCUAAUAAAACUCUUUCUCAAAUAGAGUUGCCCAAGUCAAACGGUUACCUUAUAAUUGAAGCAAAUGGUGGACUCAAUCAGCAACGCCUGUCGAUAUGUGAUGCAGUUGCUGUGGCUGGAUUACUAAAUGCAACUCUUGUUAUUCCAAUAUUCCAUUUAAAUAGUGUAUGGAGAGAUUCAAGCCACUUCGGUGACAUUUUCGACGAAAAUUUCUUCAUACAAUCACUUGAGAAACAUGUGCAUGUGGUAAGAGAACUUCCAGUUGACGUACUUGAACGGUUUGGCAAUAACGUAAGUAACAUUGUCAAUCUCAGAGUAAAAGCCUGGUCUAGUCCAUCUUACUAUAUUAAGAAGGUUCUUCCUCAUCUUUUGGAAAUGAGUGUUGUUCGUAUUGCACCUUUCUCCAACAGAUUAGCUCCGUCAGUACCCUCAAAAAUCCAAGGGCUAAGGUGCUUUGCCAACUAUGAAGCUCUUAGAUUUUCUGAACCUAUUAGAUCCCUUGCAGAAACCAUGGUUGAUCGGAUGAUUAAACAUAGCUCCCAAAGUGGAGGGAAAUAUGUUUCAGUGCACCUUCGUUUUGAGGAGGAUAUGGUUGCAUUUUCAUGUUGUGUGUAUGACGGUGGGGCAGAGGAGAAACAUGAAAUGGAUAUUGCUCGUGAAAGGAGUUGGCGAGGUAAAUUCAGAAGAAAGCAUAGGAUAAUAAAGCCUGGUGUACAUCGGGUGGAGGGUAGAUGUCCUUUGACUCCAUUAGAGGUAGGAAUGAUGCUUAGAGGCAUGGGAUUCGAUAAUACCACUUUAGUAUACGUUGCUGCAGGAAAAAUUUAUAAAGAACAAAAGUACAUGGCACCCCUUAAACAGAUGUUUCCAAGAUUACUAACAAAAUAUACCCUGGCAACUGCAGAAGAGCUUGCUCAGUUUAAGCGCCACUCAUCUAGGCUGGCUGCUCUUGAUUAUACUGUUUGCCUCCAUAGCGAAGCAUUUGUUACGACUCAGGGUGGAAAUUUUCCUCAUUUCUUGAUGGGUCACAGGAGAUAUAUGUACGGUGGGCAUUCAAAGACAAUUAAACCCGAGAAGAGAAAAUUGGUUGUAUUAUUCGAUAAUCCUGAUGUAAGAUGGGAAGUAUUUAAGCAACAAAUGAAAGACAUGCUUCAGCAUAGUGAUGAAAGGGGAACCGAUGUAAAAAAGACGGGUGAAUCCCUAUAUACUUUUCCCAUGCCAGAUUGCAUGUCUAAACAGGUAGAACCCAACAAUGAAAAUGCUAACAUUGGGAAAAAUAUGAUAUUAUAACUGUAAAAGAAUUAAUUGUCUUUAGGAAAUCAAAUUGUUCAAUAGAUGUAAUUCAUAUAUAUAUAUCAUUAAGUUUGAAUUCAAAAAGAAUAGUUUGAUUCAAACUUGAAGAAAAGCCAUAAACUAAGGGCUUCAAUUUCUUCUGAUUUAUUAGUAAUAGUUAGGUGUGAGAUUAUAAUUCUUUGUACAUGAGAUUGUUGUAACCCAAGACAGACUUUCACUUGAUUAUGAAGAUCCAUUUUUGAAGGACUGGCAGCUGUUCAUUAACCAAUGAAAAAAGAAAAAUAACAAUUGGUUGAUAUUGUUGCUCAGAUGAUUCAUUUUCCUCA